AUGUCAUUGAAUGCGUGCUGUACUGGUGUGAAAGAACAAUAUCCAAAAGGAGGCUCUCGCCAGUCAGUAAUUCUCCCGGCCGCCGUUGCUGUUUUGUCGAUUGGAUUGCUUGUGGCAACUGCAAUCUCCAGCGAAGACUAUCCUGUGGAAAUCCUCUGUGUUGCCUUUGCUUGUUGGACGACCUAA